AUGGCGUGCAGAUGUCUUCGAACAAAUGGCCUGCUGGUGGCCACCAUCAUGUCGGUGGUUCUAGGAGGUGUCAUCGGGGGGUUCUGUCGUCAGCUUAACCUCACCCCAAACACCAUCCAACUCCUCGGCUUCCCCGGAGAGGUAUUCAUGAGGAUGUUGAAGACGCUGAUUCUCCCCCUGAUAGUUGCAAGUAUGAUCACAGGUAUUGCAAAUGUGGACAGCAAAUCGUCAGGGAAACUGGGACUUUUGACCAUGGGCUAUUACAUUACAUCCACCGUGAUCUCGCUGUUGAUUGGUGUGCUGCUGGUGUUCACCAUCAGGCCUGGUCUGGUGGGUGCUGCAGUCUCCUUCGUACCACCUGCCACCCCGUACACUCCCCCUUCCCCGGGCAGGUCGUUCUGGAUCUUGUCAGGAACAUGUUUCCAGACAACAUGGUACGUGCAGCAAUUCAGUCAACACGCACAGUCUUCGAACUUCGUCCCAGGUAUGUUGCUGUACUGUGCUGUGUUCGGAGUGAUACUGGGCAGGCUUGGUGACAGCGGAAAACACAUGCUCGGCUUCUUCACCACUCUCAAUAACGUCACGAUGAAAAUGGUUAGCAUUGUGAUGUGGUUUUCUCCAGUUGGGAUUUUAUGUCUCAUCCUGGGAAAGAUUCUGGAGGUACAGGACCUGGCAGGGACGGCGCGUCAUCUUGGGAUCUACAUGGUCACUGGUCUGGCAGGUGCCAUCAUCCACAUGUUCCUGGUCGUACCGCUGGUGUACUUUAUAGUCACACGGAGAAACGCCUACCGAGUAUUGCAUGGAGUUGUACAAGCCCUGGUUACAGCGCUAGCCACGGAGUCCAGCUCUGCUACACUGCCGGUGUCAAUACGUUGCUGCGAGGAGAACUUGAAGGUCCACAAGACCAUCACCCGCUUCGUUCUGCCUAUUGGUGCUACCAUCAACAUGGAUGGAUCCGCUAUGAUCAAUUGUAUCAGUGCCGUUUAUGUUGCCCAACUUAACGGUAUAAAUCUUGGGUUUGCUGACGUCUUAAAUCUUUGCCUCCUCAACAUCAUGGCCAGUAUUGGGAUUACUGGUGUCCCCGGCAGCGGCAUCCCGACCCUGGUCAUGAUACUGACCUCGGCCGGUCUCCCCACACACGACAUCCCCCUGCUCCUCGCCGUCGACUGGUUCAUCUUCCAUGGACUGUUCUGGCAGACUAGACCACUGGGUCAAGGGAGCUGCAAGGAGUAUGCUAGUAUACAGUAUCACAGUGACUAG